AUGAGGGAAGACGACUCAUCCAUACGAAUGAAAAACCAACUCCUACAAAUGAUGAGGGAAGACGACUCAUCCAUACGAAUGAAAAACCAACUCCUGCAAAUGAUGGCUGCAGUUCGGCGGCUGUCUCGGCGGGUGUUGGUGCCGCUACCUGAUGAAGAGACAAGAGCUGCUAUCAUCAAGCACCUGCUGGAUUCGGAGACACCGGGAGGCUGCGCACUGUCUGACGAUGUAUAA